GGAGGAGGAGGAGGAGGAGGAGGAGGAGGAGAGGGAGGAAAGAGGAAAUCUACAGGUGGAAACUUACAAACAAACAAAACACGAGGAGAAACACACGCCAGGGAAAGGAACAGACGGACUGGACGAGGAGGAGGAAAUGAAGAUGAACCGAGAGAGAAAGACAGAGGAAGAGGAAGUAGGAGGAGGAGGAUGGAGACCUGGGAGGAAGAGAAGAAGAAGGAAGAGGAACAAGAGGACACGUCACCAGAUGGAAGAGGAGACGUGACAAGGAAAGAGGAAGAGGUUGUUAUAGAAGAGGACUGGUGGAAGAUCAGGGAAAAUGAAGAAGAAGAAGAGGAGGAAGAAGAGGACAAUGCACUAGGAGGAGGAGGAGGAGAAGGAGGAGGAGGAGGAGGAGGAAGACCAGGAGAUGAGCACACCGUUAUUGAACACGCCAUCAACAUCACCACAACGGAGCACCACAGAUGCCCGCCAGGUCGGAGCGGGCCCCCAACGUGCCUGGAGCCCUGUCCCCCUGACACCUAUGGCCAGGGGUGUCUGCAGGAGUGCCAGUGCCAAAAUGGAGGCACCUGUGACGCCGUGACGGGUGCCUGCACGUGUCCUACGGGCGUGUCUGGCGAGUUUUGUGAAGAUGGAUGCCCAGCAGGCUUCUAUGGACGGACGUGUCGCCGGCGGUGUGUGGCAGGGUGUCCCAACAACCGCUGCAACAGGAUCUUCGGUUUCUGUGAGUGUGACCCAGGACAUUACGGCCCCAAAUGCGCCAACCCCUGCCCUGCCUUCACCUGGGGGCCCAACUGCCGACACCAAUGCCAGUGCCAGACUCGAUCCACGGAGAGAUGCGACCCUAAGGACGGGAAAUGCGAGUGCCAGCCUGGAUACGUGGGUGAUACCUGCGCCGAGGAGUGUCCCGAGGGUCGGUGGGGGCCGGGGUGUGCCAGUGAGUGCCAGUGUGCGGAGGGCGCCCCAUGCCACCCCUCCACCGGCACCUGCCUGCACCACUGCCCACCGGGACACAUUGGCGAGAACUGUACCAUGAAGUGCGAGGAAGGCUGGUGGGGAGAGAGCUGUCUGCAGGAGUGCCAGUGUGAAAGCUAUGCCACCUGUGAUACUGAGACUGGGGAGUGCCGCUGUCCUGCCGGCUACAAGGGUGAGGAGUGCGCCGAGAAGUGCGGCAAGGGUCGCUGGGGCCAGGACUGCCGCCGCUCCUGCAGGUGUCUAAACGGCGCCACCUGCCACUACGUCACGGGCAGGUGUGAGUGCCGCGCGGGCUUCACUGGCCACUAUUGCGAACAGCCUUGUGCCCCGGGCCGCCACGGGCCAGACUGCUCCCAGCUGUGCCACUGUGCCGGCGGCGGGCCGUGUGACAGGGUGACGGGCGAGUGUCCCAAGGGCUGUGCUGAGGGUCGCUACGGACUGAACUGUUCCGGCACCUGCACCUGUGCCAAUGGCGGCACCUGCGACACGCUCACAGGCGCCUGCACCUGUGCCCCGGGAUGGCUGGGCGCCUCGUGCAUGGAGCAGUGCCCGGAGGGGACGUGGGGACCGGCAUGCAGGCGCCAAUGUAACUGUGCGGGCGGCGCCUCGUGUGACCCCAUCACGGGCGCCUGCUUGUGUCCCCCGGGGAGCCUCGGGCCGCGCUGCGAGAUGGGUGGCGACUCUAUAGAGCCGCAGUGUGCCUCAGACCGAUGGGGCGAGAAGUGCCUGCAACUGUGUCUCUGCCACAAUGGCGGCACCUGUGACCGUAUCUCCGGGGCGUGUGUGUGCCCCCCGGGGUACACAGGGCCCGUCUGCAGUGAGAGGUGUCCGGAGGGUACGUACGGUACCGGGUGUGCGCACGAGUGUGGCUGCCAGCACGGAGCGCCCUGCCACCACCAGACGGGUGCCUGCUCAUGCCCGCCGGGCAGGACGGGAGACUUCUGCGAGCACGAGUGUCAGCCGGGAAAGUAUGGCGUUAACUGCAUGAUGGAGUGCCGCUGCAACAACGGGGGCCGCUGUGAUCCUGCCACCGGGGAGUGCCAGUGUGCGCCGGGCUGGCAAGGCAAACACUGCAAAAAGAAGUGCCACUCAGGAAUGUGGGGACAGAACUGCAGCAGCGUGUGUCUGUGUGAGAACAAUGGAGAGUGCCAUCACGUGACCGGGAAAUGCAAGUGUGCCCCAGGCUUCACUGGAGAGCACUGCGAGGAAGUGUGCCAGCGUGGGUUCUUCGGCGAGGGCUGCAACGAGCGGUGCCAGUGUGGACCAGACGAGCCGUGCCAUCACGUGACGGGUGCCUGUACCUGCCCCCCUGGACUCCGAGGCGAUCAGUGCCAUCUUUACUGCAAGGAAGGCUUCUGGGGUGAGGGGUGCCAACAGAAGUGCCAGUGUCCUGAGGGUAGUCUGUGCAAUCCCGUCAACGGAAACUGUUUCUGUCCCUCCGGCCACAGAGGGCACCGCUGCAGGAAGAUGUGCCCACCAGGACGCUACGGUGUGGGCUGCAAGAAGAAGUGUCAGUGCAACAACGAUGGCGUGUGUCACCCGGAGACAGGGGAGUGUCAGUGUCCUGAGGGCUUCUACGGCCCUACCUGUGACCUCAAGUGCCUCAGCGGCACCGACUCAGCACAGUGCAACCAGACGUGUGAAUGUGAGCACGGCGGCGUGUGUGACGGCCCCGGGGAGUGUCGGUGCCCCGCGGGAUACACGGGGCCGCGCUGCGAGUCUGUCUGUCCAGAGGGAACCUGGGGCUCCCUCUGCGCUUUCCAGUGCCGCUGCCAGAACGACGGAAUCUGCCACCCAGCCACGGGUGAGUGCCAGUGCGGCAUGGGAUGGAUGGGACGGCACUGUGAGCUGGAGUGUCCGCCGGGCCGCUAUGGGCCAGACUGCCGCCUGGACUGUGCCUGCCACGCAAACAUGACCUGCGACAGAUUCUCAGGAUGCUGCGAAUGUGGCCCCGGGCGCUACGGCCGCUACUGUGAGCUGGAGUGCCCGCCGAGUCUGUACGGGGUGUACUGCAAGCAAGUGUGCGAGUGCCUGAACGGUGCCACCUGCGAUCCGGCCACGGGAGAGUGCUACUGUGCUCCGGGAUUCAUGGGACCCACGUGCGCCGACCCCUGCCCUCAAGGUCGGUUUGGUGCCGGAUGUGUUGAGCGGUGCCAGUGUGGGCAGCACAAGUGUCGCAAGGAUACCGGGGAGUGUCUGUGUCCGCUGGGCUUCACUGGACCACAAUGUGCGCAAGAGUGCCCGCCUGGGAAGUACGGUCCAGGUUGCCAGCAGGAAUGUGAAUGCCACAACGGCGGCACCUGUAAUCCCGCCACGGGACGCUGCACCUGCCCGCGAGGUUGGCUGGGCCCGAAGUGCAAGGACAAGGACGUGCCCUUCAUCACCACCGCCGAGCACCGGGACCGUUCAGACAUCCCGGUGGAGGACAGCUGAGCGGCGCCCCGGACCGUACUGGGGCCUCGAGGACUGGCUUAGGGGCGCUGCGGGCUGGAGGAAGCGUGGGCUGUGGUAUAGAGCUGCACGUUGCUGAGUGUCACGUGGGGAUCAUGUAGUGUGUGAAGCAACGAGCAGGAUUUGAACCAGGAUUCGAACGUGUGACAUUGUAUUCUGUUCAAAGACUUCACCAGCGAGCCACUCCACCAGCACCACGUGACCACAGUGCCAAGGAAAGCGGCGAGGACCAAAAUGCCUCAUCAGGGACAAGUGGAAAUCAGUCUUGAGUGCCACAUCAGGUGCCACUCCGCACCGUGAAGGGUACACACUACCAACCGUGACUCAGGUGACCAGUUCCUCACGUGUACUAGUGCCACGUACAGGUAACGAGGUCAUAUAUAGUAACAGUGCCACGUACAGGUAACAGAAUCACAUAUGAGUAACACUAGUACUUAGGGAAACAGUGCCACAUAUAGGUAACAUGGACACAUACAGGUAAGACCGUAAGAGUGCCAGCUACAGAAUCAGUCACGCACAGGCCACCAGUAUCACCACCGUGUACCACUAUCUGCUCCACACUCACACACCAGUGCCGCUUCCAGGUCUCAGCGCCACAAGCAAGUUCACACAUUAGCUUCAAAUCACUUGGAUGCCACACAAACGUCCACGUCGUGCCAUUACACGUGUCACCGAUAGGUUGGCAAAGUGGCGUGUGGGUGUACACAGCAAGGGCAGUGCCAUGGUGCGAGGUGUCCCAUGAGCCUCGCCAAUAGAAGAGUGUCAGGAAGGGAUGCUACAAGAUGAACUGCCUAACCAAAUAAGUCUUACCGUCAUGCGCCGAUACACACUGGCAUGAAAACAGGAAUGUGACAUGUUGGUUUGGGUGUCUGACCACAACAGUCUUAUCAGCCCGAGAUGCCGUGGAGAUCGAGUGCUGUUGUGGUGACUUAUGUGGAGUGGUGUGAACAUGUGUGGAUAUAUCUAUGGCGUGUGGACGAAAAGCACUUACAGAACAACCUGGCAGUGAAAGAGCAAGUGCCACAUACGAGUAUACACAAGUGGAGUGCAGUGCCAUGUGUGAAAAUAUAUUAAUAACAGUGGCACGAGUGUACAAUGAACGCCAGCAUCACAGCGGCGUGCAGGGAGCAGUGCCACGUUUAGGAGGCAGCGGUGUGUGAGGACAGUGCCGGUAGUACCACGUGGUGUCCUAGUGAGGCAAUGCAACGGACCCAUCAGUGCCAAGAAAGAGUCAAGAGUGCCAUAUGACUGUGUUUUGUGUGUGUGUGUGUGUGUGUGUGUGUGUGUGUGUGUGUGUGUGUGUGUGUGUGUGUGUGUGUGUGUGUGUGUGUGUGUGUGUGUGUGUAAAUAGAUUUUCAACUUAAGUUACUAUAUUGCAUUCUUCUUUCCUCUCUCUCUCUCUCUCUCUCUCUCUCUCUCUCUCUCUCUCUCUCUCUCUCUCUCUCUCUCUCUCUCUCUCUCUCUCUCUCUCUCUCUCUCUCUCUUUCUUUCUUCCUUGCUUUUUAACCACUCUCGUCUUACCCAAUGAAAAUCUUCCCUCCCCUCUUUCUUUCCUCCUCUCUCUUCACUUUUGUCCUUCCCCUAUCCACCAAUUAGCUUCCUUGUACAUUGCAUAUCUCUCCUUCCUUCAUAUAACCCUCCAUUUCCCAUCCAUCCCUUUAAUAAUGUAACGCUGCCUUUAAGUUAUUGCCAUAAUGUAUCCUGAACAAAAAAAAGUUACCAAACCAC